AUGACAUCUGAUUCUCGAACUUUACAGAUCCCUGAACACCAACAAGAUGGUGCAGCUCAAAAAUCUUGCUACCAGAAACUAUCCGAUGAACAUGUCGAAGAACUGGAGCUGUACAGGAAGAACGGGCUUCACCCAGUACACCUAGGUGAUGUUCUCAAUAAUAGAUACGAGGUCUUACACAAACUAGGCCAUGGCACGUCUGCGACUGUUUGGCUCUGCUUCGAUACCCAGACGUCUGCGUGGAAAGCCAUUAAGAUCAUUGGGGCUUCGCACUCUUCAGACGACCGCCCUGAGCUGAAAUUCCAGCUACAACUGUCUAGAAGCGACCUGGUAGCACUGCCCACGGAUCAUUUUUGGCUUGUAGGUCCAAACGGGCGCCAUGUUUGUCUUGUCAUGCCACCACUAGGCCCAUCCGUCAGCAGCAAACACCAGACCAUGGACCUAGAAGCUUUGCGAGAAGUAUCCAUGCAAGCUGCUGAUGGCUUGGCAUAUAUGCACCGAAAGGGAAUAUGUCAUGGCGAUUUCCGGACGGGCAAUCUUCUAUUCAGGCUUGAUUCUGCCCGUAUCAACGAUCUAAGCAAAGGUGAUAUGCUUGCAUUGAUCGGAGAGGUCACCAAAAUUGUUGUGGAGACAGACUUCGGGGAAGAACCCGGCUCUAUCUCCCCUCGUUAUCUUGUACAUUCGUUGAACACGGAUAUAUUUGCCGACUUCAUCACGUGCCAAAUCGCAGUCAUUGGGCUAAGCUUGGCUUUUGAGAUAACAAAGCCACCAAAAACAUCGUCGGUUGAUUUGCCCUACGCAUCGCCACAGCUCCUUCUUCGACUGCCGCCCAGCACCCAUAGUGAUGUCUGGGCACUAGGAUGCACUUUGCUCGAGAUGCAAACGGGCUCGGUGUUUGGAACAGCGCCUUUUGAGAUCAUGCAGAGCAUGGAACUCCUCCUAGGUCCUCUGCCGAAGCCGUUGCAGAGGACAUGGUCGCGGGUCUACCCAGAGGAGAUGCUGCAUCCCGAGGGAAACACAGAGUAUCUGACAUGGCGUUCCGAUGUUAUUAGCGAGAUCAAGAAGCAUACGAGGAACGCAGAUUGCCUUCUCAAGGAACUGGCAAUGUCGCGAAAGCAGUCAUUGAAGGGCCUAUUAGCUGCAGACGACAAAAACAAGCCGGGAUCGAUCGUCUGGCAAGUACCAGAGAAGCAGGUCACACAAAUUGGCGACCUAAUAAAGCAAACGCUGUCGUAUGAUUUGCAUACGCGCCAUACAGCUGACGCUGUGGUACAACAUGUCUGGUUUGACCAGGCACGCAUUCACAGAAAACCUCGAGUAUAA